UCAGGUGCAUGACAGAGCCAUUUCAUUUUUCAAUGAUCUUUGCAAAGAAUUGGUCAAUGAAAAAUCGAUUACAAAAAAUGAAAAACGAAGCCAUUCUGAGAGUGAAUCAUCAUUAUCUUCUAGUCAAAGAGCAGGGAAUGUUAAACCAGUCAAGUCUAUAAAAACUGUCUCCCCACUUAGAUUUCACAGGAGAACGACGGAGAUUGGAGAAAUUAUUAUGCCAAGUACAGUUACGGUAGACAGUAUAAAUAUAGUGACAAGGGCAGAUAACUCUAGGACACUAGAAGAAAAUGAGGAAGAAUUUAUUGUUUUUCAAGAUGAUCCUUCUAAUUCUGAGAGUUCUGAAAAAUUGAAUAAGUGUGAUACAUCGAAAAAUCAUAUCUCUACAAAAUCUCAGUUGGACAAGAAACAUAAUGGUUUUAAUGCAACAAUUUCUCAGAAUGGGAGGGCUUUAAAAGAUUUAAUUAGUGACUCUGAAAGUCUGGAGGACUGGCCUACUGCUGCAGAUGUUCUCAUAGUCAGCCAUGGCGGCCUUAUCAAAGAACUGGUCAAGUUUUUUAUUGAUAAACUGAACUGUAAACUUCCAGGAGGUAACAGAAAUGGACUGCGAAUCUGUCAUAACUGCAGCGUUUCCAAAUUCCUUGUGUCUGUUCCGACUGAGGAUCGUUCUGACCAUAGAGUCACUUGUUUAUUUUCAAAUAGCAAGGAACACUUGCAGGGUCUGGGCAUUGAGUUUGCAGAAGGGAAAUACUGAAAAUUACUUAUUUCCACCCACCCACCCUUCCCGACACCAUAUUUGAAUUUUGUCCAGAAUAUUCCAGUCAAGGGCAUGAAUUGUAUCAAUCUUAAAUCUAUUUUCUAUGGAAUUUUAUAUAAGUUUUAAUAAAUUUAAACAGAAUCUUGA